AAAAUUAGGGUUUGGAAAAUGUUGAACUUGCGCCGAAUGGUAUCAGGUUCUCUUCAUCUCUGGAAGAGAGAGAUGAAGAUUUCUACGCCUAUGAGCACAAUGGCUCCGUUUUCUUCUUCUUCUACUGAGAACGCGACUCCUCCAUUGACGACAGGAGACGGAGCUUCUGCUUCGUCUUGUGAUGCUGAGAAUGCAAAGACUAGUAUUUUCGAGAAGCUGCGGUCUCUUACCAGUGAGACCUUAGAUUUCAUCAUCAGGGAGGAAGAGAAGAAGGGUGUUUCGGUCACCCAGGCGGAUCUCGUCAGCUCGGCAAAGCAGCUUCUCAUGGAAGGCAAACGUCUAGAUGCCCUCCAGAUCUUUAUGUGGAUGUAUAGAAAGAAGAUGAGUUUUUCUACCUCAGAGCUUGCACUUUUUGUGGAUAUCAUUGCUAAGACUAUAGGCUUACCUACUGCUCACGCCUACUUGAAGAAAGUAGACCCAGACUGCGACCGAAUGCACAAUCCUACCGAGAAUUGGCCUGCUUUCGUGUCUCUCCUGCUUUUGGAGACUGAGCUUUUAGCGAAACGCGGGAUAGUUCCAGCUGUUCGUUUAGAUGCUGCUGAAGACUACUUCAAGAAAGUAGACCCAGACUUCGACCGGAUGGACCAUCAUUCCAAGAAUUGGCCUGCUUACGUGACUCUCCAUCUUUUGAACCGUGAGUUUGAAAAAAAAUCUGGAAGGCUAGCUGUUCGUUACUAUGGCAAUGGCGUUUUACUGAAUGGAGGUUCUUUUCAUCUUUGGAAGAGAGAGAUGAAGAUUGCUACGCCUAUGAGAAUAACGGCGCCGUUUUCUUCUUCUACUGAGAACGCGACUCCUCCAUUGACGACAGGAGACAGAGCUUCUUCUCCUUCUGCUGCUCAUGAGAGUGCGAAAAGUAGUAUUUUCAAGAAGCUGGGGUCUCUUAUCAGUGAGACUUUAGAUUUCAUAAUGAAGGAUGAAGAGAAGAAAGGUGUUUCCGUCACUCAUGAAGAUCUCGUCAGCUGGGCAAAGCAACUUGACAAGGAAGGCAAACGUGAAUAUGCACUCGAGAUUUUUGAGUGGAUGGAUAAAAAGAAGAUGAGUUUUUCUACCUCAGAGCUUGCACUUUUUGUGAAUGUCAUUGCUAAGACGAGAGGCUUAGAUGAUGCUCACGCCUACUUGAAGAAAGUAGACCCAGACUGCGACCGAAAGGACCAACCUAACAAGAAUUGGCCUGCUUACGUGUCUCUCCUGCGUUUGGAGACUGAGCUUUUAAAGAAACGUGGGAUAGUUCGAGCUGUUCGUCCCCUCGCUGUCGCAAGUGAAUGAUUUAACUAUUAGUUUGGUGUGUGUGUGCGCUUUCUUAUGUACUCUUUGCCUUCUCUUUUCAUCUCUUGUCGAAUACCUCUUCAUGUUAUAAGCCUCGGAAUCAUUAUGUAUCUCUUCUUAACUGGGAAUUAAUCCAAGUAGAAUGA